AUGAGUUCAAAGAUAUGGAAAGUUAUACUAAAAGAUGAUGUAAAAAAAUUUGAAAAUUGUAUCAAAUCAGAAAAAAAUAUUGACUUAAAUAAUUAUAAUAAAGAUGGUUUAACUAUAUUAUUAUAUGGUAUAGAAAAAGGAUGUGCAGAAUGCUGUUACUAUUUAAUAAAUCAAAAAAACGUGGAUGUAUUUUUAGAAGAUAAAAAGGAAAAUGAAAAUGCUUUGAUGAAAUCCAUGAGAAUUGGUUAUGAAAUGAUUAAUGUUAGCAAAUUGUUAAUUGAAAAAAAAGUGAUUAUAAAUGAAAAAAAUAAAAGUGGAAAAACUAGCUUACACAUAGCUAGUGAAAAUAAUUACUUAAAAGGUAUAGAGUUGUUAUUAAAAAACAAUGCUGAUAUAAAUGCAGUCGAUAAUCAGAAUAACACACCAUUAAUGAGUUCUAUUAAAAGAAAUAACGAAGAGUCAGCCUUCUUAUUAAUUGAUAAUAAUGCAGAUGUAAAUAUAAAGGAUAAUGAUAUGAACAGUGUUUUGCACAUAUGUGCAAAAGAGCAUUUAUCUAAUGUAGCUCAAUAUAUUUUAUCGACCAAUAAAGUGAAUAUCGAAAACUGUUUGGAUAAAGAUAAUAAUUCUCCUCUACAUAUAGCAGCAAAAGAAAACUUAAAAAGUCUUUGUAAUUUAUUUUUAAGCUAUAAUUUUGAUGGAUUAUUAAAAAAUAACAAAAAUGAAACAUAUAAUGAUAUUUUAAAAAAGCAUGAAAUGAAUGCUAUCCUAAAAGAGGAAGAAAAAAAAAAAAAUUAUGAAGAAAAAGAAAUAAGGAGGAGAAAAUUAUAUGAAGAAACCAUGUUAAAAACAGAAGUAUCCAAUUUUCUUAUGAAUUAUAAUUUAGAAUCUUUUAUACCACAUUUUUACAAAUAUAAUUAUAUAUAUGUUGAUGGUGCUUUUUUAGAGAUAGAAGAUUCUACAUUAAAAAAAAUGAACUUCAAUAGGGAUGAAAGAAAAAAAUUUUAUGAUGCUAUUGAACAAUUUUAUAAAGAAAAAGAAGAUCAAGAAAAUGAAGCAGAAUUAAGAAAUCAACAAUUGCUAGAAGAACAGAAUAGAACAAAAAACUUAAAAUAUGUUUCAUAUGUAAUUUUUUUAAUAUUUACUUCUAUAUUUAUAUAUAGUUUAUUUAUAUCUAUAACUAACAGAGCUAAAAUUUUUUUUUAA